CUCAUCCCGGAAGUCCACAGUGGCGAAGAAUUGGAGGAAGCGACGUGGAGACGGGACAGAGCUGGUGAACACCGGCCAGUGAGUGGAGUUUCCCCACUUCGGCUGAUGCCGCUGACGGGAUCCUGUGGCCGGACUUGUAUUGUUGGAGGACACCAUGGGUUCUCUGUUCCGCAGUGAUACUAUGUGCCUGGCACAGCUCUUCCUGCAGUCUGGUUCUGCCUAUGACUGUGUCAGCGAGCUAGGGGAGAUGGGGCUGGCAGAGUUCAGAGAUCUCAACCCUCAUGUCAGUAGCUUCCAGAGGAAAUUUGUUGGUGAAGUAAAGAAGUGUCAAGAUCUUGAAAGAAUAUUAGAGUAUCUGGUCCAGGAAAUCAAAAAAGCUGACAUUCCUGUUCCAGAAGGGACUAUGCUGCCCGCAGCCCCCCUCCCGAAACAUGUCUUGGAAAUACAGGAACAGCUACAGAAACUUGAAUCUGAAUUGAAAGAAGUGAAUAAGAACAAGGAGAAGUUGCAGAAAAAUUUAAUAGAGUUGACUGAGUAUACUCACAUGCUGAGAGUGACAAAGAGCUUUGUGCAAAGAUCUGAGUAUGAAACCUCUUCCCAUACGAGCUAUGAAGAAUUCCCUACAAUAGAAAAGGAAGCCUUAAUGGACUAUACUUGCAUGCAGAGACUUGGAGCAAAACUGGGCUUUAUCUCUGGUUUGAUUAACUAUGCAAAGUUAGAAUCCUUUGAGAAAAUGCUUUGGAGGGCUUGUAAAGGUUACACCAUCCUGACGUAUAGGGAGCUAGAUGAGUUCCUAAAAGAUCCAGACACAAAAGAGCCAACUAAGUGGUUUGUGUUUUUAAUUUCUUAUUGGGGAGACCAAAUAGGACAAAAAGUCAAGAAAAUCUGUGACUGUUACCAUUGUCAUAUGUAUCCUUACCCAAACUCUUCUGAAGAACGGCAAGAAAUCAUAUCUGGGCUGAACACAAGAAUUCAAGACCUUCAUGCGGUUAUUCACCAGACAGAUGAUUAUUUGAGACAAGUUCUCUUCAAGGCGUCGGAGUCAGUCUACAAGUGGGUUAUUCAGGUCAAGAAGAUGAAGGCAAUUUACCAUAUGCUGAAUUUAUGCAGUUUUGAUGUAACAAAUAAAUGCUUAAUCGCAGAGGUUUGGUGCCCUGUGGAAGAUCUCCAGGACCUUAAAAGAGCUCUCGAGGAAGGCUCGAGAAAGAGUGGGGCUUCUGUCCCCUCCUUCAUAAACCGCAUUCCCAGCAAUGAGACCCCUCCUACAUUAAUACGUACAAACAAAUUUACUGCUGGCUUUCAGAACAUAGUAGAUGCAUAUGGCGUGGGGAACUACAGAGAAGUAAAUCCAGCUCCCUACACCAUUAUUACAUUUCCAUUUCUGUUUGCUGUGAUGUUCGGAGAUUUUGGGCAUGGCCUCCUGAUGUCCCUAUUUGCCCUGUUUCUGGUUCUCUAUGAAAACAGUGCUAAAUUACAGCGUACACAAGAUGAAAUCAUGAAGACCUUUUUUGAGGGGCGUUACAUUAUUCUGCUAAUGGGGCUCUUCUCUAUUUAUACUGGACUUAUCUACAAUGACUGCUUUUCUAAGUCUGUGAACAUAUUUGGCUCCAGUUGGAAUAUUUCAGCAAUGUUUGCAGCAGGUGUUUGGAAGAAAGAAGAUUUAUCCCAUCAAUAUUUGACACUGGACCCCAAUAUAACAGGAGUUGUCACUGGAGUGUAUCCUUUUGGAAUAGAUCCUAUCUGGAAUUUGGCAUCAAAUCGCCUCACUUUCCUGAACUCUUUCAAAAUGAAGAUGUCCAUUAUUCUUGGAGUAAUACACAUGACAUUUGGGGUAGUUUUGAGUGUUUUUAACUAUCUGCACUUCAAGAAGAAAUUCAGCGUGUUUCUAGUUUUCCUUCCUGAACUCCUCUUCAUGAUGUGUAUUUUUGGUUAUCUCGUGUUCAUGGUUGUAUUGAAGUGGUUGUCGUGGUCUGCAGCCAAUUCAAGGAAGGCACCAAGCAUCCUUCUUCACUUCAUAAAUAUGUUUAUGUUCACUGGUGAUGCCAACAACCUUCCUCUCUUUCCAGGCCAGAUUGGUUUUCAAAUAUUCUUGGUGGUGCUUGUAUUUCUUUGCGUUCCUGUGAUGUUGUUUGGGAAACCACUGUAUCUAUACUGGCAGCAUCACGGAGGUCAGACGUUUGGGAAUUACAGGAAAGGAUAUGCAUUAGUUCGCCGGGGAAGCGAGGAGGAGUUGUCACUCCUUAGAUCACAUGAUUUGGAAGAGGGUGACAACCAUACAGGCCAUGAAGCUCAAAGAGAAAGAGAAAAAGAGGAGUUUGAUAUGACUGAAGUAUUUAUGCAUCAAGCAAUACACACUAUUGAAUACUGUUUGGGAUGUGUUUCUAACACGGCUUCCUAUCUGCGGCUUUGGGCUCUAAGCCUUGCACAUGCCCAGCUAUCCGAGGUCUUGUGGAACAUGGUAUUACGUAAAGGCCUCUUUGUGCUGCCCCCCAGUGUAGGAGUGUUUCUGCUUGUGCCAGCCAUAGCUGCAUUUUGUGUAUUGACUAUAUUUAUUCUCAUUGUUAUGGAGGGACUGUCUGCCUUCCUUCAUGCACUUCGAUUACACUGGGUGGAAUUUCAGAACAAGUUUUAUUCUGGAGCAGGAUAUAAAUUUGCCCCUUUCUCUUUUAACAAUAUGGCCUUGCACCUGGACUGAGGCUUUUCAUGGUCUUUGAAUUAUUACUGUAUUAAGGAUGAAUCAUCCAUAUGGACUUCUCACUGAAAGAAAAGAGUUUACAAACGUCAUUUGGGAGCGUUCACAAACUUAAUUCCUUCAGCGUUUAUUCUUUUUAAUACCUUUGUAUUAUUAAGCCAUACCAGUCUUUUUGAGUUAAAGGGAGUGUGUCAUCAAAAAAUUGUUGAAAUAAAGUUAAACAUAGUUUUUAAGUAUUUUUGGUGAUUUUUUUUUAAGCUAAUUUUCCAUUUUAGGAUCUAUAUUUAUAAGAAUAAGUCUAAAAUCUUGCCGUUUUCAUUCUCACUACUGAACCACUAGAGACAAAUUUUCAGUAUCCUUUUCCUAUUACAGAAAGAUAAACAACUAUAUAUUAGAUAAUAAGGGAGAUGGACACAGCACAUAAUCUUCCCCUCUCUACACGUUGACCUUUGGACAGGUCACAGAGCAUGACUAGAAAACUCUACUAUAUUACUGUAUAUAGAGUAAUGUUUCCUGUGAUCCAUGCAGGUGCUUAAAAGCAUCUCUCUGAAGGCUGUUAACAGAGCAGGUCAGAAGCUUGAUUGAUAUGGCUGCCCCCAUAAAAAUGCACAAAAAAAUUACUCUCCAAAAAAACAUAAACUGAUUAGAAAAAAAGAACUUUUCAUAUAUUUUAGUAUUUGCAAAAAAAGGGGAGAUGUACACCAUGUAGUGCACACCCAAUCAAUGUACAAA